AAAAUUAUUAAUAAAUAAAUUAAAUAAUGAUAAUUCAACGGCUUUUUUUAGUCGUGGUCCUUUUGAUUUUCUGCAAUUUUGGGGUAAACGGACUAUCGAAAGAAAUUGUCGAUAAAUGUUCGCGAAACUACGUUGGUUCAAAUGCCUGGGAAAAGCUCAAUCAUAUAGUCAAUCACCUAAAUUCCGAUCUGCUAAAAACGGAUCAAUUGGAUAGUCGUCAAAUGGCUUGGAAACAAUUGGCAGCAUUCUACGUGCCAAUGCCUCAAUGGCGCCGUGAAGAAAUCACAAGGGAUUAUUGCAAACGUGUUGGCUAUUCAGAGGAAGAAUGCAUCCACAAAAUAUUUUGGCAUGAAAAUGCUUCUGUCAAAUCACUUCGAAACACAGGCUUAUUAUCUGGACUUGUGCACAAAUCAUAUGACAAUAUUGCAAAAAUGUUUGAAAUGAUGAUUGUCCCGAGAGAACAGGCUUUGGGUGAAAGGCUUUUUGGAAUUUUGGAAAAUCCUCAACCUGAAUUCGGAACCGUCUAUGAAAUUCUCUUGUCUCAACCAAAAAUUGUCAUUCAAAAAAUAAUCGAAUACUACGAAAAAUUUAAUGAAAAUCUUCAAAAGAAUUACGGGAAAAGGGAUGUGGAAGAGAUACUUGAAACAAAAUCGAGCAAAAUAGAAAAUUCAGCUUCAGCUGCUUCUGAAAAUAAAUCAGAUAUAUCUAAAAUGAGUGAUGAUUAUAAAAUUAAUCCAAAAUCAUAUUCAACGCUUAUUUUACAUAUAUUAUUGAAAGGAAAGAAAGAGAAAGAUUUAGGUAUCAAAAAAAUCUACGAAAUUCUUGCGAAAAGAGUUUAUGUAAUUGACAAUGAAGUAGACUUUAACGACUUUGAUCUUGAAAAGAUGAUUGAUCGAGUAGUUGAUAUGUGUCCAACACAACAAAGUGACGACGAAAUUGGAACUCAGCUAAAUGUAAAUGAAAGAAUUCUCCUUCAAUUUGAGAAUUUUGCAAAAAGAGUUUUAAAUAAAUUAUUAAUUAGCUUCGAAGUUGAUUCAGACCUUGCAAAAAGAUUUUCAGAAGAAAUAAAUAAAUAUUGUCCAGCGUUUUUAAAUUACACGGUUCCACAAAAGAAUUUACUUGAAACUAGACUUGCCAAAUUUAAAACUAGUGAAGAUGGAAAAUCAAAGACACAAGAAGAGAUUUUUCAAGAAAAAAAUAAAUUAACUAAAAAAUUAAUUGAAAAACAAUCGUAUUUGGGGGAAUUGGCAAAAAUGUUGAAAGUUUCUGGAUUGGCCGGAAAAAUACAUUACAAUAGAGAGAUGCGUCAAUCUUUAAAGAAAAAUCAUGAUAAUCGAAAUUAUGAAGGUAAAAAUAUGAGUAAACAUAAAAAGCUAGAUAAUUAA